AUGAAUCGGAUUGGGAAUUCUUACUUGGAAACAUUGAAGAUUCCGGAAACUGGGAAUAUGAAGAUGAGAGAGCAUAAGGAGUGUCUUCUACGUAUUGCUCCUCAUCCUUUUGGUGUUGCACGAACGUUUUGGCUUGCAAAGGUUAUGUAUAAGCAUCAGCUUAUGAUGCCUUCGCUAGCUGCUCGGUUUCAUCACGCAACUCCACCUCCAGUACAGAGAAUAAUGGUUGCUAGAGAGUGGGAGGAUCUGCUUGAGGGUAAAGAUGUGUUGGAAAUGUUUAGUGAUAAGCUUGCUCGUUUGAAGACUCAGGAGAUUGCGAUUAAGGAAGCUCCUCCUCGGUUUUCGGAUUUAUAUCGGUUUUAUGGAUGUGAAGAGACGAUGGAGAUAUCAAGUGAGAUAUGGUUUUGCGAUGGUUGCACAUGUGAGCGAGGACGGUAA